AUGCUGCCGGCGAACUUCGAGAUGAUCGCCUUCUUGCGCGUCAAUCGCAAAAUGUGGAACGCGUCGACUCUCAUUGAAAAGGAAGAUCACUUGUCCCCAAUUCUGGAUGUUACUUUAUUGUCCGAGGCCUGCGCCGAGGACAGGAGAUUACAGCGGACUACUGCGAUGGCUUAUGGUUCAUGUGCCGCUGCAGGAGCGCUAGUUGCCGUCAUGGUGACAUCCAGGACAGCAGCGAUCCUUAGCGACGUCGUCAACGAGCGAGGUGAAGACGUCGAAGGCUUCAAGUUGAAGGACAGCACCAGGAUUUCGAAGGCUAACAUGUUUAGGUAUCAAUUUGGUUCGUUUCCUCCUUCACAAGACCUCAAGCCUUCAAGCAACUCUCACCGCAUGGGCAAAAACAAAGGCAGUUCAAACUACAAGAUGGCGGAUGUAAACCGCCUUUUGGACUUGGUGGAAUCGUACUUGCCGCUUGGAAAGGACGAGUGGGAACGCUUGGCCAGCAAAUUCAACGCUACCCGUCCGCGUAGCUGGGCCGAACGGGGCUUUGACAGCCUCCACCGAAAGUACAAAGCUCUCUACAGUACUCGUAAGCCGACUGGGAAAGCCAACAUCCCACCCCAUAUCGAGCAAACGAAGGAGCUGAAGAGGGCCGUGGACGAGAAGGUCAACGUCGUCGAGAUGGACGACUGUGCUGGCGUAGACUCUGAUGAAGACCCGGACGAGGAGAAUGACGAGGAAGAAGAACGCCGCAUCGAGCCUGACUUCAGCUUCGACCACGAGCCGGACGGCUCACUCUUUCAUGAUCGAGGCGGCGAUGGAGGUGCCGUCGAUGGCGGAGUCGAUGCAUCGAACAGCGCGUCUUUCGCCAUCUUCACCGGUACUGAAGCUUUGGCAGUUGAUGUUGAAAACCGACCCCCCCCCCCUCCCAGGGUGAUGAGGCUGCGCGUAUCAACACGCAAACCGUCUUCGACGUUCGGGUGGGUGUGGACGGCCUGA